UUUAAAAACUACAACGAGCCCGCAGUUCUCUUUUUUCAGCAAAGCAACAAUUUACCAGUCACAUGCACGUUAACCUCCUCAGUUUUACGCAAUUGUAGAAAAAAAAAAACGAAGUCAUGAAGUGUUAAAUAUUUCAAAUUCAGUCGCACCGACAUUCGCCCGCAGAGAGACAGAGGGACAGGAGAAACGCGCGCGCUGCGCUCACGCGUCCGUGAGAGGCGACAAAAAAACCCCACAGGCUAUUAAUUUAUAAAAUAAAUCCUCGCCGCAAAGUCGACAGUCUUUUUUUUUACGGUUCUGAAGAAUUAAAUAAAGAAAUCAAGCUGGCUCACGCCGUCUCGAACCCGACUAGUUUGACAGCUGCUCUUCACCCCCUUUGGAGGACUGUCAACAGCAAAAGGAUGGCAUCAGAACUGGCAAUGAGCAACUCCGACCUGCCCACCAGUCCCCUGGCCAUGGAAUAUGUUAAUGACUUCGAUCUGAUGAAGUUUGAAGUGAAAAAGGAGCCGGUGGAGCCCGACCGCAGCAUCAGCCAGUGCAGCCGCCCAGUCGCCGGCGGAUCCGUAUCUUCCACCCCGAUGAGCACGCCUUGCAGCUCGGUUCCUCCUUCGCCAAGCUUCUCGGUGCCCAGUCCGGGCUCGGGGAGCGAGCAGAAGGCGCACCUGGAGGACUUCUACUGGAUGAGCGGCUACCAGCAGCAGCUGAACCCGGAGGCGCUGGGCUUCAGCCCAGAGGAUGCGGUGGAGGCACUGAUCAGCAGCGGCCACCAGCUCCCCAGCUUCGACGGCUACACCCGGGGCCAGCAGUUCGGCGGCGCGGCGGGCGCAGGAGGCGCCGUGGCCGGAGAGGAGAUGGGCUCGGCGGCCGCCGUGGUCUCGGCCGUGAUCGCGGCGGCGGCAGCGCAGAACGGCAAUCCGCACCAUCACCACCAUCACCAUCACCACCACCACCACGCCACGGCGCACCACGGAGCGCCCGGAGCGCCCGCCAACGGCAACGCAGCGGGGAGCCACCAGCACACGCGCCUCGACGAACGCUUCUCCGACGAGCAGCUCGUCACCAUGUCCGUGCGGGAGCUCAACCGACAGCUGCGCGGCGUCAGCAAGGAAGAAGUGAUCCGGCUGAAGCAGAAGCGGCGGACGCUGAAGAACCGCGGCUACGCGCAGUCCUGCCGCUUCAAGCGCGUGCAGCAGCGCCACGUGCUCGAGGGCGAGAAGACGCAGCUCAUGCAGCAAGUGGAGCACCUCAAGCAGGAGAUCUCCAGGCUGAUGCGGGAGAGGGACGCGUACAAGGAGAAAUACGAGAAGCUCAUCGGCAACGGCUUCCGAGAAAACGGCUCGAGCAGCGACAACAACCCUUCUUCUCCGGAGUUCUUCAUGUCUUCAAGAAAAUUUCUGCACCUGUGAUAUGAAGUGUGAGUCCUAAUCUUCACCCCUGCAGUCUGAGAUUAAAGAACUGUUCUGAUCAUCCUUGGAGUUUUCAGUAAAGGUCACCACUAAUAGCGAUUUGCACAGGAAGAAUGAUUCAAAGUGUGGAAACAAUCACAACACAUUAUGUGCUGCUAAGUCCUGACAGCUUGAUUCAGGAUGGCAUAUUUCCACUCUGGCCAUCAGCACUACAUGAGCAGAGGUCCAGUGCUGUAGUUCUUGCCAUACUGACAAAGCCUGUGAACUCAUGGAGAGAGUACAUCAGCAGGGUCAGUACGUAUACCUGCCCUUUGACACAAAGGUCACCAAAGGUCAGUGAUACCAUGAUUCACCAAUUGUCAAAGCUUGUUUUGUUACAGUAGUUUUGCUAAUAUAUUGUUAUAUUGUCAGUAAUAAGGUUAAUGAUAUAGCCAAAAUCAAGGACAGGAUUGGUGGUUUCAUGGAAUUGACUACUGUUCUGUUUUUCACUUAAAUGUAGGUUAAGACUUUGUGUUUUUAGUCUGUGCCUGUGGCCAAGACACACCUUCUAGUGGCUGUCAUAUAGUUUCAGGUUAAGAUCGAGAAAGCCUGUGUCGGCAGUUUGCUUCCUUUUUCCUUGUGGUGGAGACGAUAUGAGGUACAUCUCUUAAAUGGAACAUUAAAUCGUGCCAUUUACUUAUUCUUCUCUAUCACACCUCUGACCGCACACUGACUUUCUCCUUCUCGCAUACACAGUGAAGAACCAAUCAGAAAAGCAUUAAGCAUUGCUAAUUUAAUUUUCCGCACACACUCGCACAUGAACACUCGCACAUCAACACACAAGCACAUGCACACACUUGCAAACACAAACACAAAUAUUAAGACUAUCCUCUAUGCUUUACAAAUUCCAAAUGAAUUGAGUUAUGAGUUUAGUCAUAAAAUAUUCACGGUGUGUUUUUAAUUGAAUAAUCGUGUUUUGGAAUUUAUUCCUAAGUAACAAAACAACAGCACCAUCUAAAAUAACUGUACUGGAUAAACUGAAACACUUUCUCUUUUCUCUUUAGUAUUCUUACAUCUCACCUGUCUGUACUGUGAUAUUGUUAGCUGUUAAAUGGAGGGUCUUUAAAUGUAGGAAUGUCUCUUGCUCUCUCUCUCUACUUCAUUAUUAUCCUUUUUGUCUGUCUCCAUCUCUCUAAUGUGUGUCAAGUCCCUGCUCUAAUUGCUCUGAUUUUAAGUCACAGAGGCUGCUGUUUUUUGUUCAGCUGGUCUGUGUGUGUGUGUGUAUAUGUGUGUGUAUUUGGAACUUAUGUGUGCAUGGGGAUUGCACAAUCCUCUGAAACCUCAGUGACAAUUUCUGUGUGUGUGUUAAAAAUCACCCAGGUUGCACAAAUGGAAAGAUGUUUUUCUGAAACAUGUCCAAUGUUCCAAGGCGCACUUUCAUGCUCUCUGUCUCUGUCUCUCUCUCUCUCUCUCUCUCUGUAUGUGUGUGUGUGUGUGAGUGUGAGUCUAUUAUGUGUAUCUUUACAUGUACAUUUCACUAAUGCAGGGCAUGAGUUAAGAUAAUAACAAUGUUGAAUGAAGGAGUGAAACUAUUGUGGUGUGUUUGAGGGGGAAGGAAGCAGAGGUUUGAUUAUUCUAAAAUGAAAGGAUUUGAAGUGAGCUCAGAUUAUUAGAGAAGAAGAAAGAGCUAGGAGAUCGGUUACACAUCAUGAGAUUUUAGGCUCCUGUGUAUGUCAAGGUACAAACACACAUAUGCUCACAAGCACCCAGUCUUGAAAUACUACAUACGGAGUAGUUUCAGUUGACUUGCAUAUAUUACUGUAUCUAAAUAAAAAUAAAAAAAUAAAAUAAAUAAUAAUAAUAAUAAUAACCAAUACCCUCACAUUAACGUUUGUAACCAAUAAAAAAUCUUUUGGUUCUUUAAGUUAUUUUUUAUUUAAUAAUUUUUGUGUCCACAUUUAAAAAUGGUCAUACAUUGCUAUGACAGGAACAUUUGUUCUCCACAAAGCAUCAUAUACACACACAGUGACUUUUUGUGACACACACCUUUGACUUGGUUAUGAUAAAUGAAUGAUUUAAAAAACUAAUGGAGUAAGACAGAAGGAUGGAGAGACAAAACCAGUUA